ACAGUUUUCUUUAACAGGCAUCGAGUUUUUAUCAAAACUUUAGUGUAUCUUGCGUUUAGUCUUAGAUCUGAAAAGAUGUCUUCAAAGAAAGGAAAAUGGAAGGAUUCAGCUCAACAGGCAAGGCGGCUGUCACAGACUUCGUCUUCAAAUUUAACAAGAAAAGGAAGCUUGAUCGAAGAAGAAACUUCUGCAAAAGAACUUGAAGAAUAUUUAGAGACAUUAAAAAAAAAAUCUGGAAUCAGAUCUCUUUGGAGAGGAAACAGUUUCGAUAAAGUGGUCCGCGAUGAUGAAGACAAAACUCCAGACAUCUCGAUCUCCAGUAUGGAAGACGAGGAAUUGGAUGAAAGACUUCCAUCAGAAAAGGCAGAUGAUGAUGACGAUGAUGAUGAUUUUAAAGUUAAUGUUCAGAUGUUCUCACCAUCUCCGUCACCAACAAAUCCAGACACAUCUGAUGGCUCCAUAAACCCUAUGAAAGGAUUACAAAUGGCAGAAUUUGCCUUCAGUGAUGAUGGGCAAUCAGAAAAAAUGCAAGCAAAUAACAAACUGGAAGACAAGAUAAAAAGUUUAAUUGUCUCUGACAAAGACAUACGAUCUGUUGUUAAUGAUCUUUCUGAACCAGCUGAAGUUUUGACUGAAGAUGAAGUUGAAGAAGAAAUAGAGGAAGAUGUGGUUGAUGUUGUCGAUGGAAAAAAUGACAAAAUCACAGACAGGCAAGAAAGUUCUCCUCCUAGAACUUUGAGCGAUGUUGAAAAUCAAACGACAAGAAAAAGAGAAAAGACUAGGACAAAAUCGCAAAAUUCAUAUACAAGUGAUUUUUCAUCUUUAAGUGAGAUAGAGACACACAAUGAGCGUUCACAUUCACAAACUCAAAAUGACUCAAAGGGCUCAAGGUCAUCAAGAAGGUCAAGGUCAUUUCAAAGUUCAAGGUCAUCAGAAAAAUCAAGGUCAUCACACAGUUCCAGGUCCUCGCAAAGUGCAAGGUCAUCAAGGAGUUCAAGGUCAACAAAACACUCAAGGUCAAGUGACAAUUCAAGGUCAAAACAAAGUAUUUCAGAAUACAGCAAUAGCAAGGGAAAGGACAGCCGCAACAGAUACAGGUGUGAUGUGGGAGUUCAAACAUUACCUCCAACAGAACAGUUUACUGUGCCACCAGCUCUUGGUGUUGGCAUGGCAACAAGUGGCCCACGGCUUGGAAUGCAAUAUGUGGACCCCACACCUAUAGCAACUCAUACAGUAUCACCAGAAGCCAUGGAAGCCAUGACUGCUUAUAACCCGGCCAUUGUGGCGUUAAAUAACAUGCUGCGAGAGCAAAUCCGUCUGGUGGAGCAGUUUGUGGAGAUAAAUCAGAGAAUGUACGAGUCUUAUUCUACAGGGGUCAAUAGCAACUACCGAUACACCACGCUCGAGGACACGCAACAGUUUAUAAGAAAGAACCGACCGAAAGUUGUGUCCUACGAAGAGGCAUUGAAACAAGUAAAAGAAGAAGAGAGAUAUUGACAAUACUCCUCUAAAAAACAAAACUAAUGGCAAUUUAAUUACCUUUCCUACUUUCCUAUUCGAGAGAGUCAGCCCUCAUCCCCCUCCCCCAGGGAGGAAAGCCCGUGUUUCAUUUUAUUCCAUCUUUCUUUUCUUUGCAUCGUGAUUGGUUCAGAAAUACUCGUGCCAACACUGGCAACCAAUCAGAUUCAAAGUUAACACCAAUUGCAACAUGGUUACACGCGUUUCUUCGCGCUUGAGACAUUUUGUCUGUUUUAACUUUGAGCUUUUAUUGUCUCCUCUUAACAUUUUCCUUUCGUUUGAUCAGUCGUUGUGAUCACUUUGGUUUUUAUUUGCGACAUUCAAUCGAAAGAUGCUCUCAAUAAUUCCUCGAAAUAUGUAGACUAGAUUUUCAAGGUGCGUGAAACCCCAAGCAUCUUCAUCUCGACGAUGCUUUCUUAUGGUGCAAGGCACCCUGUGACACGACUGUACAGCAAUAAAAAAAAUUAAUUUUCCAUCCA